UACCUACGGCUGCCUAACUUGAAUUAUAUUUUUUAGUUUCUUAUCAUGUUAUUGAGAAGCCACACGCAGCAAGGACAAUAAAUAGUAAGUGAAUGAAAUGAAUCACCUCCUUUCAUUUUUAUGUACAUUUCAUCGAUAAUCCUCAAACCUUAUAUGUUCAACGAUAAACCUAAUAACCUAAAAUGUCAUAUGGACACAUGUAUCCUCAUAUGUGCCUUAUGUCGUCACUUCUUCAUGAGGACUAGCUUUUUAAGCCUUUUAGUGUAUGACAUCACGGUCCACGGCAUGCAAAACCUUUUGACGGAUGUAUCAUGAACAGUGAUCAUGAAGGGCGAACAUAAUGUAUUGCGGUGUACAAGGUAUAGAUUCAGUCUGCAGUAAGAUAUUCGUCUGCUUGAGAAAAAGUUACCAACAACGAUAAAGCUCUUUGGUACUUUGAGUGGAGGCACUUUGUUCAUGUUCUUUUAGCUUAAACAUCGCAUUAUUUUCUUUUCCGAAGGUCGACAUAAAGUUGAAAGUAGUCCUCGAAGAAGUUAUCUCUAUAAUAACAAUGGUGCAAGUCAAUACCAAUCUUAUCCAGCACAAUCAUACUAUCAACAACCUGUAUCUAACUAUCAGUAUCCAGGUAAAAUAUACUACGAAGUUCAUUUAAUACCAGUGACAAUAGACAGUGCCCGAUACGCCCUUCCCGAACUUGCUGAUAAAGACAACGGUAUGAAUAGCUACGAAUUCAAGACCAGGGGCGUCGCUUGCCCUGUUUUAAUGGAGGAGGCGUGUAAGUGCAAUUUUGCCAACUCAUCUCAACCACUAAUUAAUAUCUCUUUUCCAAAGAAUGUUGACGGGGGAGGUGAACCGUUAAACAACCGCCAUUCUGUAAUUUCUCCAUUUUUUCGUAACUUUUCCAAAAAUGUUUGCUAUUACAAAUUACUUCAUACAAAAUUUAGGAUAUCCCGGUGGAUAUGGGUCUUCGUCUCCGCCGACUCAGUAUGGUGUACAGAAUGGUGGCGGAGUUCACGAUUCAACUUAUGAUGGUAAAUUACAACAUUUGAUUAAGUAAUUGGUUCAUCUUUUCUUGAUGGCCUUCAUUUAAGAUUUGAAGCGUUCCCAUGCAUUUUACCAUCUUCAAAUCCUUUUAAACUUACAAUUCAUAAAUUUCACGUAAUAAUUAUGGUAGGUUACACGCGAUACAGCACAUAAAGUAGAUACUGUCCGUUGUAUGACGCCUAGCAUAAUAUUAUUAUUAUCCAGUUAUGACCUAGUGAUCAGAAUGUUCCGUUAACUUUUCUUGUUUUGAAAAUCCCACUGUUCUCCAUAGUAUGCAACCACUCUUUAUUUUAACAUAUUUGUGACGUUAUGCUAAAGGCCUAUUAUUGAACCAUUAUUAACUUGCCUGUUAUAGACCAACAUAACUUCCCAGGUACGAAACAAUGAAUUCUGAUCAGCAUGACAAUGAAACCAAAAUAUUACAUUUUUAAACAUUGAAAUUUCCAUACCAAGUUAAGUUGGUCUAUUGCGGUAAACCUAUACCCCUCUUUGUGAAUGCCCUUUAAUAAUGUUUAGGAUAAAUUUCGUUUUUUGCAGACAUUUUAGAUGUAGUAUCAAAGCCAAUGCAGAUUGGGAAUAAAAUAAUUCCACCGUACCAUCAUGAAGCUCGUCAGAACGACCAAGCUCCGCCUUCAAUUGAAGAAGCUGCAAAAGAAUUUAAAUUGGCUUCAGCAGGUAUGGAUACUCAAUGAUAUCCAAAAUUUGGAAUAGUUAGCUGUGAGAGGAUGCUGCUGCAAUGAAAUACGAUUUUACACUUUGAUUACAGAAAAUACAUAUAAAAGUUCUCUAAAUAUUAUUGAACAACAUGCGCCAUUUUCCUCGUCUAACGCCAAUUUCGGAACUCUAACUUGGACCUAAUGACUGGAAUUUUAGUUUUACACCCAUUUUCAAAACUGCGCGACCUACUCAAAAAUAAUUUCAGUUCAAAUGUCAGUUUCAUGUCACGCGAACCGCUAAAAUAGCAAACGUGAACAAAAGACGCUGUUAACACCAAAAGAAGAAUGUUGACCCAAAAUGAGCUGGAUAUACAAACUAAAAGAAACAACAGAUCAUCACAACAAAAAAUAUGUGUUGUGAAUUUAACGUCGAAUUUAACUACAUAUCAAACCCACUUGCGCUAAAACUAAAAUUACAUUUAUUUAGCAAUUGACAACAGACAUGACCGAAAGAAGAACCCUAAAUAAUCCACACUAUUAAAACUGUCUUGUCUGUAUUAUUCUCUUGGUAUUUUCCUUAAAGUUUUACACAAAUUUUAGCUAUUUUUGGACGCGGAACCAAUAACCAGAAAAUAAACGGAAAAUAAAAAUCUACAACUAAUAAAUUUUCACAAUAAAAUUGUUUCGUCCCGCCAAUACAAUGCAGCAAGGCUUUCUCUUUUGCGUUUCAGAUAUGAAUAACAUGGAACUGGCGUCACUGGUGAUUUACCCAAUCCCUCGACUCAAUGAUAAAGCUAAAGUUCACAAAAAGAAAUCCAAAAGAAAACAUAAGAAACAUCAUGAUAAGGAAGUGAAAGCGAAGAAAAAUCCCAAGGUGGAAUAUGAAGGGAAGACAGUAACUAAUCUUGUGGAUAAUUUGAUUAAAAAUGAGAAGGUAGACAAGAGCGGGACACACGAGGACACUAAGGAGAAACAGAAAGUGGAAGCUCAUAAAGAGGAUGAUCAAGGAAUGAAAGAAGAAAAGGCGAAAAACGAAAAUAAGAAGGAAAAAGAGAACGAUACGGGAAGCAAACAAAAAGAAGAUGACAAGAAAGAAGACGACAAGAAAGAAGAUGACAAGAAAGAAGAUGACAAGAAAGAAGAUGACAAGAAAGAAGAUGACAAGAAAGAAGAUGACAAGAAAGAAGAUGACAAGAAAGAUAAGGAUAAUGAGGAUGACGAAAUGGAUGAUAAAGACUCAACAUCAAAAGAUAGUUGGGCUGAAGAAGAAGUUUCCACAAAAGGUGGAGAAGAAUACACGUCAAGCAAACGAUCUGAGAUCCCCCAUGCAUUUGAUGAAAUAUCCAACAGGUCAGAUUUUUAGGAGUAAUGAGAAAAAAUUACGUUGAAGGUCCUUAAUCACAAUCAUCACAUCUUUCUUUUCUGAUGGAUUUUCCUGGAAAAUUAAUUUUCAGUAGAACUGGGGACAAACAUACACUCUCAUCUUCACGGUUUCUAGUUAAGCAACUGAAUUUUAAAUAAAAUGCAAUACCGUAGAAUCCCGAAUGUAGCGGCUCCCUUGAAAGUGGCAUCGCCCUUGAAAGUAGGUAAAUUUGAGUAUUUUGAGAGGUUUAAAACUAUUUCCGAAAGUACCUGCUUCUCCGAAUGUUGCGCCCUUUGUAAGUAGCGAAACUUCUUAACUGUUUAAGAUCACAGUUAGUAGAAGGAAAUCGUAUUAGCCAUGCUAACCUAUGAAGUAUGAACCGUGUUAAAAUUAAGAACAUUAGGCCUAACAGCCGUGGAUAGCGUAUUCAGUCACCGCUUGAUUAACCAUGGAAGGGUUUAUAAGUUACAAAUAUCAAUAUACCAAAGCUUCAGUGUAUAAGUGUAAAAACGUUCAAAAUCGAAAUGGCAUAAGAAAAGAAAGAAAAUUAAAUAUGGUAAAUAGGAAGGGGCAAAGAAAAUUCUUUUAUAGAAUGUCAACUUACGUUUUCCCAUCUUAAAGUAGAUAGAGGCCCUCGCUAUAAAACCGAAAGUACGUGAGAGGGGGGUGGCUACUUUUGGGAUUCUACAGCCCAAUGGAAACUCCGGAUGAUUUUUAAAAGUCGUGGUAAUAUAUUUUCCAGCAAAGAAGAAGAUGAAUACACUUCAAAUAAAAGAUCUGAAAUCCCACAGUCAUUUGACGUAAUAUCCAACAGGUAGGAUUUUGAAUAGAGAUAAAAAGAAACUUUAUUGUUGGAGAAAUAGAACAUCUGAGGAGGUCACAUUUAAUUUCUUUCUCAGAAAAGGGUUAUUGGUAUGAAAAGUAUAUAUUUUUGACAGUCUUUACCUGAAGAUUCUGAACUCUAUAUGGAUGAUUAAUAUGAGGCUUCGGUGGCGCGGUCGUCAGAGCAAACGGCUGUCACCUCUGAGUUCGUGGGUUUGACACUCGCUACGGACUCAUGUGAAAAGAGUCAGUCAACGCUCUGCCGAAAGUCGUGGGUUUUCUCCAAGUGCUCCGGUUUUCUCCCACAGGGAAAGUUGACAGGGUGGGUUGGGAUAAACACAGUUAAGAAAGUAAUAUUACAGUUGUUGUAAAGAUAACAUAGUCUAGGCUAAGUAUGUAAUUAGGUAACCGUACAAUAAUACUUGAUGUAAAGCGCAUUUGAUCAUAUCCACAUCUAAAUUUGCGUUAUAGAAAUGUUAAUUGUAAUCGUAAUUGGUGGCUCCAGAUGAUUCCUGAUGAUAAUGAAUCGUCAGGAGCCACCAGAUGUUUCCUCUUGGAUAACACUGGCUGUAGAGACAACCAUGAUACUGUACACAUAUAGCACUACUGCUUUUAGUGAUUAAAAUGAUCAUAAAUAUUUUUAUUCUCCCCAAGUAACGAAGAUGAUGAGGCAGGUAAAAGCGAGGUAAAUAAUGAAGAAACCGCAGAGACAAAGGAUCAUUCGGAGGAAGAAGAUGAUAAUUCUUAUGAAGGUGUGGAGAAAGACCAGGGGAGUGAAAGCAAAGGGGAAAAUGACGAGGCAGAAAGUGAUGAAAUGGGGAAAAAAUCAGAAAACGAGAAAGAUGAAAGUCAUCAAACUGAUUAAAGCUGACGAAUCAAGUUUAGCCGGUUCUGUGAAGAUUAACAAUGAUAAAUCUGCGUAGGGUGAUUCUGUUAUAACGCGAAAUUUUCUUUCAAAAUGUAUACCAAUUGAAAUUGCUCGUUUUAUUGAGAUUGGAAAACCAGCAAGUCCGUUUUUCAACACAAUAUUUACAGGAUUGUAUCUUAAAAAGGGAAGCAAUGAGUGCACUUGGACACGGCCCUUGAGAAGAACUGAUUCUUUAUUCUUGUUAGCAACUGAUUUUAUAUAUUAUAUAACGUGUAUACAAAAGGAUGAUUUUUAUAGCAAUAUAUAGUCAGUACUGGUCGGUAAGGUUUUGAUAAUUAAUUGAUGAUUUUUCGAUACUUAUAUGUCAAAGAAAUACUUUUUUUUCGCAUUUUGUUCGGACAAAAUACAGUUCGGGCUUGACACUAAAUCCAUUGAAG